AUGGAAAAACCAUCACUGGAGUACAGUCCAUUGCCAGCAGUCGAGUUUCUUGUCUGUCAGUCCUGUUCCAGUUUGUUGCGGCUCUACCAUAGCUGCUUUCACAUGAAAUAUCACUUACUGAAAAAGUGCGAGGACAAGCUGGAAAUUCUCGGUACCCAGCAUCCGGAAUUUUCCCCUGAGAAAGCAGUGGAGGCUGUUCGAAAUUGUCGAGUUUGGAUGAACAGGAUUCUUGCGGAUUAUCUGGACAUCUGGAAGAAAGUUCAAAGCCUCGAACACUGA